AUGAUUCAAAUUACGCAUGAUAAGAUUCAAGUUAUUCGGGAAAGGAUGAAAGCCGCUCAAGACAGACAGAAGUCGUACGUCGAUAAUCGUCGACGACCAAUUGAAUUCACCAUGGGCGACAUGGUUAUGUUGAAAGAUUCCCCUUGGAAGGGUAUUCUACGAUUUGGUAAGCAAGAAGAGCUGUCUGGUAUUCACGAUGUAUUUCAUGUUGGAUAUCUUAUGGGUAAGUAUGACGAAACAAUUCCCUUAGCUGCGGUGAAAAUUGACGAACGAUUGAGAUAUAUCGAGGAACCAGAAGAAAUUCUAAACGAAAGAAUGGCAAAUCUUCGGAACAAGACAAUCGAUUUGGUAUUGGUGAAAUGGAAUAAUCAUCGUGGUCUGAAUUUCACAUGGGAGAACAAAGAACAGAUGCUUGCCAAAUAUCCUGAGCUAUUCGAGAAAUGA